GCUAAGUCUUCUAUACAAAAUCAGCUAAUAGCUUAACUUGUUGGACAAAUAAAUCACGCCUAUGGAGAAAAGCAAAAGAAAAGUGUGGACAGAGGCCGAGACGCUCUUAUUCCURAAGUGCUAUAACAAGCGUAAGGAUGAGUUCCAGCAUUCGCGCAAGAAAAAGUUCGCCUAUGAAAACGUCUUGAAGGACAUGAUAYUUCAAGGAUUUACGGAUACAACGGUGAAUGUGGCUGCCCUUGUAGCAAAAAUGCGAACGCUUUUUAACGCAUAUAAAACAGCGAAARCUAAUGAGAARCWKACUGGAAAAAUGCCAUACAUUUCGGAAAUGGACAAAAUUUUUGGUAAAAGUUGCUUAGUGUCCAACAACCGUACCAAAAACAUUCCGCAAGAUCCUCAAGAAGCAUUGGAUGACUCAAGUGAGGAUACAACGGUGAAUGCGGCAGCCGUUGUAGCAAAAAUGCGAACGCUAUUGAACGCAUAUAAAACAGCGAAAGAUAAUGAGAAGAAUGGAACAAUACCUURCAAGUCAGGAAUGGACGAAAUUUUUGGCGAAAGUUUUUUAGUGUCCAACAACCACACCAUAAACAUUGGUACAGAUCCUCAAGAGCCAUUGAUUGAGUCAAGUGUAAAUGAGUUCUUAAAAGAAUCAACUGAUUUUGAAGCAAUGCUCGACGAUAUGCAAAGUAGUUCUAGGCAGAGCCGGUCUGCACUAAAUCGUAGCAURUGCACAMCAACUGAGGUAUAUCCACAAGAGCCGAACRCAGCAAAUGCUACUCCAUAUCGCAAAAGCGCUAGAGAACGAUAUUUUGAACAAAAAAUCGAACUGAAAAGAAAAAGUGCAGAAGAAAAAUCGAAGUUCUUCGCGAAUAUACAAAGUAAGAUACAAGAUUUGGUGGWAAAACGAGAUCUCCAGAUGGAAAUCGAACAAAAAAAACUAAAAAUAGAAGAAGAAAAACUAAAACUUCUACAGCAGUAUGUUAUGAAUAAAAGAUAG